AUGUGCGGUGGAGGUACGGAGGUUGAACAGUUGCUAAGAACGUAUUACAACCUGUGCGAAACCUGGAUACUCUUUUCGAAAAUCGAAACAUGCUCAUUGAUACAGCACAUAAUUACCGAGUGCUAUCGAUGGACCGGCAACUCCUCGUUUGAAAAGAAGGCUGAGUACAAGAGACAACCAAUUCCCUACGAAGGUUGUCGAGCUCCUCAUAAAGAGUUGACCCUCAAAGCUGCGUUAGGUAUCGGUUGCUACUGCAGGAGCAACAUGCUGGAGUUCACCACAAAAUUGGGUGGAGGCAGAUGCAUCCGUUCGCAUGAAGCUUGCAGCUGUGCAAAAAAUGUUUUGAUCAAUGGCAAGCGGCAACUGGUGGAAACAAAGAAUGCGAUUCUGGACGAUAACUGCAAUAGGAUCUGCGAAUGCCUGCAUCGAGGCAACGAGCAGGGCAAGUAUUACGGUUUUCACUGUCGACGCUACGCCAUGCCGGAGAAUACGGUAUGCAUCACCGAAGCGCAGGCUCAGACGAACAUGGUUUCAUUCCCGACCGCUUGGAAGCGAUGCACGAUGCUUGCGUCGAUCAGGGGACGCUACCAGUUAGCCAUAGGUAGCAGCAAACAGGUGUGGUGCAUGAGAGGAUACGCCGGAUGCCCGAUGGCCGGCGAGCGCUGCACAGGUACGAAUAAGCAAGCAGCCAACAACUAUGUCAGAUUGAACGAUGAGUCGUUAGAUGUGGACGAGUGCCUGCUGAUGUCCGACUUCAAGAUCGAGCUCAUCUCCUACUACAAAAAGCUGGUCAACUGCGAGAACGGUGUAUGCGUGAACACCGUCGGCGACUACGAGUGCAAGUGCAACCGGGGCUUCGCCCACCCGAUGGGCAAUCGCCAAAAGUGCGUUCCGAAGCAGACCGCGUCCAAUGAGUUCUACGACUUGGAGACGUGCCAGACGGCGCAGCUGCUGGGGGCCCGCAACGACGAUGACCUGCAGACGAUGUACGACCCAUCGUCCCCUUGCAACCCGAACCCGUGCUCGGUGCAUGCGUCGUGCAUCGCCGACACGCGCCGGAUCACCGGCGUCACUUGCACGUGCCACGCGGGCUACGUUUCCGGCAACACCGGCUACGUGUGUGACAUCGAUGAGUGCAAGGAAAAAAAACACAUGUGCGUCCUAAAUUCACAAUGCCAUAACACAGUUGGCAGCUACGAAUGCAAAUGCCUCCCUGGAUUUGUGGGAAGCGCGAUCGACGAAUGCAAAGAUUUUGACGAAUGUGCAAGCGGAAGGAACGAAUGCGACGAAAACGCACAAUGUCAGAAUCUGUUUCCAGGAUAUCGAUGCUACUGUAAUGCUGCAUGGAAUGGAAAUCCGAUGUCGACCGGAACGAUAUCUGAUCGUUGUAUAGAUACCAACGAAUGCCUGAAUCCCAACAGCUGUGGCAUGAACACCAACUGCGAAAACACCCCAGGCUCAUACGUGUGCGAAUGCAUUCCCGGGGGCUUCCGGAAACGAGACGAAAGGAACUGUGAGGACAUCAAUGAAUGUACGGAACGAGCAUUUCAGAAGCCUCCGUGCGACGCGCACGCGAACUGCGUCAACAUACCUGGAAGCUACACCUGCGAGUGCCAGGCAGGUUACAUUGGGGACGGAUUUACGUGUGCACCAGACGACUCGAUCUGCGAGCGUUGCGACAAGAAGUCGACGGAAUGCGUGUUGGAUCCGAGUAAAGAUCAGUACGCGUGCGUGUGCAAGAAGGACUACAAGAAUGCCCCUUACAGCGAAUACAGCUGCAUACCGGAGUUGUCGUGCGUAAAUCCGGCCAAACAUGACUGCGACAAGAUUCACGGAACAUCGAUCGACCCAUGUGCAAGCAAUCCUUGUAGGGAGAAGAACACGAUUUGCAAACGAACCAUGUUCGGGACAUACAUGUGCCAUUGCUUGCCUGGGUUUUUCAUGGUCAAUCGAGAGUGUGUCAAAAAUUGCCGUCGAUGCGACCGACUUACGGAACGGUGCAUCAAGGAUACAGCAAUGAAGGGCAAGUGGAAAUGCGUCUGCAAAGACGGAUACGCCCUUCAGUCAGAUCAGAGUUGCAAAAACAUCGACGAGUGUCUGACUCCUGACGAAAAUCGCUGUGACCCUAAUUUUGGGUUGUGUUUCGACGAAGUCCCACACAUAGCUGGCCAUGCGUACAGCUGUAAAUGCAAAUCAGGAUUCGUUGGCAACGACAUCGACGAGUGCAAGAAUGCGAAAGAAUGGUGUCCAAACGAGCAUUCGUACUGUUUGAAUACGGUCGGAAGUUAUACCUGCUUAUGCGACAAAGGAUUCGAACCUCUUUGGAGUCACAUGGAACAGCCGGUGGUGUGCAAGGACCGCAACGAGUGCCUGAACGAGGAGCACAACUGCACACUGAACUCAGAAUGCGUGAAUGAGGUCGGCGGCUUUCGGUGUGAAUGCACGGUCGGCUUCCGCUUGUCCAACGGAGAGUGCGUGGACAUCGACGAAUGCGUCGAAGGAGGCAGCAAUUGCGACCAACGGUCAGAAGACUGCCACAACACCAUAGGCAGCUUUACGUGCGCAUGCAAAAGUGGGUUCAGGUUCGAGUACCCCGGAAUUUGCGUAGACAUCAACGAAUGCGUGCUGGACUUUCACAACUGCACACACUCCGGCGAGUUGUGCGUUAACACGGAGCCCGGAUUCAAGUGCGUUUGCGGCCCCGGCUUUUCCAGCUCAUCUCCUGACAGCGUUCCUUGCGUAGAUGUGAACGAGUGCGCCCGAAACACCGCUCGUUGCCCGAACACCACCACCUGCAUCAACACCGUCGGCUCCUACUACUGCGUAUGCAAGGACGACUACGUGUUGAUAGACGACUCCAACCCGUCGUUCCCGUUAUGUCGAGGUGAGUGUCGCAGGUUCAGCUGUCGCGGCAUUGCCCCCUGCCUGCUGGACCGUUCGCCGACCACCACCACCACCGGUCGUUUUACGCCGCUGUUUCAGCUCGUGACCGGUGCAUCUCUUCGCCGACCAUCUGUGGACUUGGCGCUUGUACGAGGACUCUUCAGCCGCCAUUCUACUACUGUUCCUGUUUCCCGUACUCCGUCCGACUGA